ACAUCGGUUUCCGGUGAGAAAUGUGUGCGUGCGCGUGGGAAAUAAAACCCAAGCCGUCGCGAUGGCCAGCGACGACCUCGCGGACCUCGACCUCCUCGACUUGUUGCCCGCAGCCGACGUUGGCUCGCUCGCCUUCCUCGAUGUAGCCGCGUCCCGGAAGCGCCGGCGCGUCAAUCGCUUGGCCGUCGACCUCGUGGCACUGCGGGGCCAAGCCGCCGAGCUGGGUAGUUGCGUCGCGGCCUUGCGCGCCCAGCGCGGCUGCCCCAAGGAAGCGUCGCCGUACGGUCGCCUCGCAUUGCAGCAGAAGGCGCUGAAGGAUAAAGCACUCACGGAGCAGGCCGAGCUGCGCGCGCUGCUGGCCGAGCAACAUGCGUUCCGGGCCUUUCUCGAGAAGGCGCUUCUAAAGCGCCCGCGCAGCAUGAUACUCAAGGUCGAAGACUCGAAAUGGCGCCGGUAUGCACUCGGAGCGACGGCCGAGGCUCGCAAAUCCGCCAUCCACGCCAUCGCGGACCGGCAGUACGAGCUCGUCGAGUCCGAGAUGCUUGCAAAAGGUCUCUUCGAGCCGUCGGAAGAUGUAUUCAACGUACUCUCAACCCUCUCGGACUGCGCAAUGACAUCCGAGGCCAUGCGCUACACGACGCUGCCCGUCCCCAUCAAGCGUGCUGCCACGGCCGCGAUCGAGCUCAUGCGGGAGCGCCACGCAAUGGCAUCCUCCGCGCAAGAUGACGACACGUAUGCGCCGCAUGGGCACACCUCCCACGAAAUGCAGUGCAUUGACGACCACACAACGUACGUUCGCAGCGUGUACGCGCCGCCGGGCGGCCUUGUCGUCACGUCAAGCAUGAUCACAAAGACGUUCGAGCAGCGCGGUGUCGUGACGGUCGUGUGGCGCAGUGUGCUGGAGGACGAAGGCGUCCCGCAGAUUCCAGCGUCGUUUGUCAACGACGAGCAUGGCUGGAUUCAGCUGAGCCAAGACAACGCAGAUGCGACGCGGUAUACAGCCUACGUCCGCGUCUCCAAUCCGAUUCCACCGCAGCGCGCCGGCGUAGACAAGCUCAACGACCUCUUGCAGCUGCUCUAUGUGGGGACAAAAACUGAUCUGCCUCGUCAAGCUGACAUGACUGCGACCGUGCAAGCGUCGUUUCGGGCCAUGAUGGCGCAAUUUGAAGCGCUCGUUGUGCAGCGGGCUUCGAUUUGGACAGAGAGCCCGCGAGACGUAUAAGAAG